AUGACCGAAAGUUUAAAGGCUCGUGUGAAGAGAGUGAGCACCGUUUACGAUCAUGGCACGGGCGUCACACGUCGCUUCAUCACUUUGUGCGAAGCUCGCGGUGAAUGUAUUCUACUCGAAGAUGACUGGUCACGUUUAGACUUUCAAGAAAAUGAGGUGCUGAAAAUCGAGAAUCUUGACCGAAAACCCCUGGGGGAAAUUUGCGGUUAUGCUCGAGUCGAUUACAAACUCCAGACGCGCAAAGAUACAAAGAUUGAGGUGCUGGCGUCUGUUCCAUCCACAACCUACCAGCCGAGUUAUCCAACAAUCAUUGUCCGCUUUCUCGAAGUUGAUCCAAGAUUUAAACCGGCACCGAAAUCAGGAACUGAAGAAAAGCCUCAUCUCGUCCAAGAUGUGAAUGGCGAUGAUUCGGUGUAUACUUUAAGAGAGUUUCGCAAUGUUAAUGGAGAUGGUCAUGAAUUGUCCUAUGAUAGGUCAAAGAUCUACAAACUCUAUAAUGUGAAAAUAUAUCAAGACGAACAUCUCAUCCAUUUCUCUCAUUACGGACUCAGCGAAGCAGGUGGUGAUGAUUCAUUCCAUUUUGCCAAUUCUAAAGUCCCAAAGGCUCCUUUGAUUCCUUUUCCGAUAGAUUACAAAUUACUCUCCGAAGACGAGAAUUUCCAGCGA